AUGACAAUCCUCUGUCUACAUGGCGGCUUCGGCAGCGCCCAAAACUUCCAAGUGCAACUCCAUCCCCUAGUUAGUACCUACCAAUCAUUAUACCCCGAUACCACCUUCCACUACAUUAAUGGCGGUCAUCCCGCCACGCCUCCACCAGGAAGCGAGGAUUACUUCGGCCCACCGCCUCAUUACCGAUUCAUCGAAUACGAUGGGAUUGGGCGGUCCGACGAUGUGAUGGAGCGGAUUCGUCAGCUCCCGAGGGGAGCCACGGCCGAAGAUACCAUGCGGGUGUUGACCCACGAACAUGAGAUGAUGUCUGCCGAUUGUGUGAGAGAGGCGUUGCAGAGACUGUUGGGGAUAUUGGAUGAACAUCCGGAAAUUGACGGAGUCUUGGGCUUCUCGGAGGGCGCUACAGUCGCUGCUACUUUGUUGCUUGAAGAGGAGCGACUUGUUCAGGAGGAGGGUAGGAAGAGACAGCUUAAGUACGGGGUCUUCAUAGCAGGCUGGCCUCCCCUUCGUAUUGACGGCGAUCGAGUAACAGGCUGUCUGGCGGAUGAGACAGAGGAUAUGAUCGAAGUGCCGACGUGUCAUAUCAUCGGGGCGAAUGACCCCUACGUGGAUGGCACCAUGGCGCUGUAUGGGGUUUGUGAUCCCGAUACGGCCAUCAUGUUUGAUCAUGGCAAGGGCCAUACCAUUCCGCGGGACGUGGCGACGAUGAAGGAGGCGGCAGAGGUGAUUGAGCAGACCAGGAGACGGGGGAUUGCUGCCGGGGAUGCGUAG